AUGUGGGCAAGCACUAUAGCGCCGUGCUCACCGAUAUUUCAGCUGUUCGCCUGUUGCUUCAAGCGAUCAAAGUCACAUGCUCAUAUUAUACAAAGUACGGUUCUCAGUGAUCUAGUGCCAAGCGUAUCACAUGGGACUUCUGUGCAGCCAAAUAUCCCAUCCAAAAUUGUUGAUGAUUCACCUUUAUUUGGUAAUAUUCACUACAAAUUGGACUACGACUUUGGAAAUAACAAGCUAGCAGUGACAAUUUUUGAGUGUACGGGAUUACCAGCAAUGGAUAGGAAUGGAAUGUCAGAUCCAUAUGUGAAACUAUAUCUGCUGCCGGAAGGAAAGCCAAAAUUUGAAACAAAAAUUAAACGGAAAUGUUUAAACCCUAUUUUUAACGAAAUGUUCGCCUUUAAUAUAUCAUUUGCGGAGCUUCAGUGUAAGACACUUCAGUUGGUUAUAUAUGAUUUUGAUCGAUUAAGGAAGGAUGAUCGAAUUGGUCAGCUAUCGAUACCUUUGGAAAAAGUUGAUUUUGGUAUUACUGUCGAGGAAUGGUCUCGAUUAAACCCUCCAGAACAUGAAACUAACUUAGAAUCAAGACUUGGUGAUCUUUGUUUUUCUUUACGAUAUCGGCAAAGUACAAUGGUUUUAACUGUAACAAUAAUGGAAGCUCGGAAUCUUAAGAAAAUGGAUGUUGGAGGGUUGUCAGAUCCAUUCAUUAAAAUGCAUUUAUAUAAUGGACAGAAAUUGAUAUCGAAGAAGAAGACAACACGAAAAUACAAAACACUAAAUCCGUAUUACAACGAAAGUUUUCAGUUCAAACUGGAACAAGAAUUAUUGGAAAAAGUGCACUUGGUUAUCAGUGUUUGGGACUAUGACAAGAUGAGCAAAAAUGACUUUAUCGGUGAAGUAAAACUUUGCUCUCCAUCUCUUAACGACUUCACAGUUAGUAUCACUAGCCAGAAACAGUGGCUUGAAAUGAUGAAUACUAAGAGACCCGCUGUUCACUGGCAUACCCUACAACCGAGAUCAUGA